UUUUUUUGGUGCUGUUUGUGAUUAGAGAUAACAAGUUCAGUUUUUUCUGCUGGAAUUACGGUGUUAUGAUUGGAUUUCUUUUUUUGGUGUUUUUCAUUGGUUGUGUAAUGUGGCUCUUUUUUUCUCCUUUAUUUAAGGAUAUUAUUUUGUUCUUAGUAGAGGUUGUUGAGUGCAAGGUUCUAAAUUGUGGUGUGAUCUUUGAUAUUGCAUACCUAUCAUUGAUUUUGAAUAACCCCAAUUGCAGUUGCUAUGCGGUUGCGGAGGCACUAAACCUAGCAAUUGCGGUUGUAGACCUCAAUUUAGAACUAUGGUUUGUUUUUGCUUUCGUCUAAGAGGCGUUGAUGGGUACUGUUGUUGAAGCAGAUGACACAUUCACCAAGCCCCUAGGAAGAUGGCCCGUCUUUUAUUACGGCAUGGGACAUAUGCUUAAUGACAUAACUGCUGCUUGCUGGUUCACCUAUCUAUUACUGUUCUUGAGUGAUAUUGGACUUUCACCAAGGAAUGCAGCUAUUGUGAUGCUUUCAGGUCAAGUGGCUGAUGGAUUCGCCACUGUAUUCGUCGGUGAACUGAUAGAUAGGUUUGGACAUUUCAAGAUAUGGCAUGGUGCUGGAUCUAUAUUGGUGGCUAUUUCAUUUUCUUCUGUUUUUGGUGGCUGUUUACCAUGCACAGUUUUCACUUCCAAUUCAAUUAUUUUUGAAACCGUGAGUUACAGCGUGUUUGCAGCAAUUUUCAACGUGGGCUGGGCUGCUACUCAGGUUUCACACAUGUCCAUGGUGAGUUGCAUCACGCUGAACUCAACAAGCAGAGUUGCAUUGGGUAGCUGUCGCAACGCUUUUUCCAUGGUUGCCAACCUGAGUUUAUACGCAGUUGCUUUGGUAGUAUUCAGCGUCGUCAAUGGAAAAACGUAUGCUAAUGUUGAGAAUCAGUACCGCUGGCUUGCAUAUGUCUCGAUUUUUAUUGGAUGUUGCUUUGUUGGCAUAUUUCAUCUUGCAAUUAAAGAACCCAGAUUGAAGUUGGACAUACAUGGAAAGGCUCGUGCGAGGAUUUCAUGGGCUUACUGGUUCAAGAGUGUUUUAUAUUACCAAGUUGCUCUUAUUUAUGUCCUCACAAGAUUAAUUCUCAACAUUUCACAGGCGUACCUUGCUUUUUAUGUGAUCAAUGACCUAAACAUGGUUCCAUCAACCAAAGCUUUGGUUCCUGCUAUGAUAUACAUCUGCAGUUUCAUCGUAUCUAUUGCAUUACAGGAGAUUGCAUGGACUGGCAAACUUCUCAAAGUUUACUAUUGUGUUGGAUGCAUUAUUUGGAUUUUUUGUGGUGCAGCGAUCCUCCUAUUAACUAAGGAUAUGAGUUAUGUCAUGUACAUAGCUUCAGUAUUUAUUGGCAUAGCAAAUGCCCUCAUGCUGGUAACUGGAGUAGGCAUGCAAAAUUUUCUCAUUGGAGAGAAUCUUAAUGGUUGUGCUUUUGUUGUUGGAUCAUUGAGCUUUUUGGACAAAAUGUCAUGUGGUAUAGCUUUAUAUGUUCUUCAAUCAUAUCAAAAUGUCUCUCCACAGCUCAAGCUAGUUCUGUUUCCUCCUUCAAUCACAAGGUUGGGCUUAGGUCUUGUUCCUGCAAUUUGUGCAUUACUUGGUGUGGUAGUAACUUGCACAAUGGAUUUCCACAAUCCUUCAAACCCUUUGACGGCACCAUUAUUGGUAUAGUUGCUUAGAUGAUGAAGACAAUCAUUUUAACUUCUCCAACAUACAACCUCCUACGUGCACUUACUGUGCAAAAUUUUCAGCUUUUCUGACCCAUUCAAAAUUCAACCCUUUCAAGUAAUGAAAAAAGUAUUCGCUUUUUAUUGCCAAGUUGUGUAUAUUUAUUUAUUUAUUGAAUUGUUGUUAAUUAUUCCUAACUUAAUACGAAGUAAGAUGUAUAUAUAGUAUACUAUUUGAUUGAAAUGAAAAUAUAGCAUCACCAAAAGAAAAUUAAAGAUAUAAAAAUACUGAAUUGUGGAUCA